UGUUUGUGAAACGAAACGGUUUGCUCUGAUUUGAAUUUUCUAAUUGUGCUCCCUAUUCCGAUUUCAGCUCAUCACUCAGUGAUAGGUAAUUCGCGAGUUGCCAUUCAACAAUUAUGCAUAUUUUUUUCAAAAACUAAAAUAAAAACGAAAGUGUUAAAAAACAAAGAACAAAAAUAAACAAAUCGAAAAUAUGGGAUUAGAAACAUCGACGCUGAAGCACAUCUUGUUGUUGCUGAAUUUUAUUUUUGCAGUCCUGGGUCUCAUUCUGGUUGGAUUUGGAAUAUAUGUAUUGGUGAACGCACCAGAGCACAAAACAGUAGUACAUGGCGAAGAAACCACAGUGGAUAUUGGCGAAAACUUGGCCGCUGGCUUGGUUCUUGGAUUGGGAAUAGCCAUAGUUCUCAUUUCGAUUUUCGGAUGUCUGGCGGCCAUUCACGAGUCCAAACGAAGACUUUUAAUAUUUGUUGCAGUAUUGUGUUGUUUGAUCCUAAUUCAGUUGCUGAUGUCCAGUAUGGCCUCACAGGGUUCCCGAGAUGGUCUUGCUGGGAGUAUAGAGAAAGGAUUCAAAGAAUUAUGGGAGGAGGAGUUGCGGGAGCCCGGCGCUUUAGCCUACUACGAGAAAUGGUUGCAUUGUUGUGGCGUUAAUGGUACAGCUGAUUACAUCGCAAUCAAACAUCCUGUCCCAAAAACUUGCUGCGCUGAAGAAAAUUGUGCAGUAGCUGAAAACCUUUACGCAGAGGGAUGUGAGGCGAAGUUCAAUUCCUAUUUAGCCAGUAAAAUGUUGACAUUCAAUAUUGUCAAUAGCUUAUUAAUUUUUGGAGAGAUUGGCGCUGCUGUGUUCGGCUGGCUUCUAUUUAGCAAUUUGAAAAACGAAAGUCGACGUUCGAACCUAACAUGGAUAUAGUAAAUGUUCAAUAUAAGUGUUACUUUUGUUUUUUGUUUUUUUAAUAAUGCUUUAAUAAUAAUAUUCAAAUGAAUGUCAAAAAACUAAAA